GGCGGUAAUGAAAUUUAAAACAUGUCAACUCAAGAAGAAGAAACCCGGAAGUUUUCUGAAGGUCUCCUGUUGCGAGUUUAGAUAGCGCUGCGCUUGACUGUUGCUGCUAAGUAUUUAACGUAAAAUGGGUGUUAAAAUAGAGAUGUUCAGGAUGGUGCUGUAUUUGUCUUUUCCCGUUGCCAUGUUUUGGAUUUCAAACCAGGCUGAGUACUUUGAAGAGUACGUAGUGAAAAGGAAGAGAGAAAUCUUCCCCCGUAACGAAGAAGCACAGAGGAAGGAGCUGGAGGAUUUCAAAGAGCGAAUGCGCAUUCGAAGGGAGCAGAGACUAUUGAAAACCCUUUCUGUAGAUUCAGAAAACUGAAUAUUUCAUAUUGAAAAAUUAAUAUUUAAUAAAGCCUGGCAGAAAUUCAUGGGACUGCAGAUUCAUCUGGAAUGAGACCACAUUGUAACAGCAAAGUAACAAACAUUUGACUGUUUCCAAGAAUGACUCCUGCUCUGUGAUUAUUCUCUACACAACUUCUUAAAGUUGUAAUUUUUGUCUUAUUUUAGGUGCAGCUGUGUUUAAUAUCACUUCUAAUUGUAAAGUGGGAUGCUUAUGAAAUAUUCAAUACUCCUUUAAACUGUAUUUUUUCUAAUGUUUGGCAUUUUACAAAAUAUCACUAGAUAUUUAAAAACAUUAACAUCACUCAUAGCAAUGCAUAAAAGUGAAGUUUUGGGCAUAAAACAAAUGUCAAUAAAUAUAAAUUAAAUUCAAA